AUGGAAAUCAGUGACUUUACCAGCACAAACUUACCUGAAUUACCUGCUAACAAGGAUUUCCAUGUGUUUGUAUGUUAUAAAAGUGACAAUGUUGAUCAAGUUAGGAUAAUUGUAAGUAACCUCGAGGAGUGUGGCAUGAAAUGUUAUUACCAUGAUCGUGAUUUUAUACCAGGGGAAAGUAUAAUUGGAAACACACAUGAUGGAAUGAAGAGAAGUGUCGGUAUGCUUAUUGUCCUAACAGAAGAGUUUGGAAACAGUAGAUUUUGUUCUUUCGAGUUAAAUGAAGCGCUCCAUAUGAAGAUUUCUGAACAUUAUUUCCUAGUUCCAGUAAAACUGGAGCCAUGUCAAGUACCGGACUGUUUAAGGCAUAUAUCUUACAUUGACGCAGAAGACGAGCCGAUAGAUCGUGUUCACUUGAAGAUAGCGAAAGCAUUUGUUGACAGAG